AUGAACAAAGAAAGCAGUAUGUUGGUCAAAACGGCUAAUAAACUAGGAGUAGUGGGCCCUGCAGUGAAGAAGGCUGAAGAAUUUCUGAGAACAUUUCAGGCAAAGGGAUCUGUGAAAGUAAAAAAUUUAAGUGAUGUUGCAAAAAAUAUACUUUGUCUGGAUUUGGCCACCACUCAUAUGUCUGCUAGAUUUGACAAGGAGACUGCUAUUAAACUCUCUGGACUGAAAAAACCUGCAUACCAAUUAAGCUUGCAUACAGUUGAAAAAAUACUUGAUCUUGACAAACCUCUCACUGUGUCAGAACUUUGUGUUCAACUUAGUUGUACUGUUAUCAAGGAAUUAGCAGAAGAAAUAUUUGAGAAAUACAAGAGUAAUAAUAGGCUAUCAGAACACAUAGAUCAUCCUCAGUACAUAGCUGCUGCAGUUUACACAGCCUGCAAGUUGAAAAAGGUUAAAAUUCAAAAACCACAAAUUGUAGAAAUCAGCAGGUUGAAACCUCAACAGUGGAAAGAACUGACAAUAGAAUUUGAGAAAUUUGCUCUAUCCUUUGGAAUUGGUUCAGUGAGAAAGAGUAAAAUUUCAGAUCCAAAGAGUACUCUAGAUGUAGAUGAAUUAGCUAAAGACAUAGAAAGAAAAGUUGUACUGAAGAAAAAUCAGUUUGAUGAAGAACAAAUUGAAGAUUAUGAGACAUGGAAGAAGAGGAUUUUAGAUGAGGCAUAUGAAGCAUUAAAAACAAAUUAUAAUGAUAACCUGUGAUAACAAAAUUAUUUAA